UUUUUGAUAAAGCUUUAUAAUAUUUUUAGUAAGAUGGGAAAGAACGAAUUUCUCUACUCAAGCGCUUUCAGUGUCACUCUCUCGUAUCUCGAGAAGGAAGUUGUGAUAUCCCUCCAACUGUUAUCUAGGAGGUUCUACAAUGUUAUUAUUCCAAAGUUUAUAUACAAGGUUGAGUUCUCUAAUAGAAUUUUCCACUAUAAGCCAUCACAAAAAGUUCUCCAAAUAUACAAUGUGGGGAGCUAUUGGACUUCUUAUCGUAUGGUAACUAAAUGCAAGUCUACCAUUGGCCAGCAAGUGAUAUGCACCAAGCCAGAAAAUAGAGUCUUCAUCCUUGGUGGCUACACCCACGAUCAGACUCCACCUGCUAUUUGGGAGUUCAACGAGAAGAAAGAAAAGAUGGUUAAGAGGAUUAGAAUGAAGCAAGGCAGAAAAUUAUUUGGCUGUGAAUCCUUCAAUGGUUAUAUCUAUAUUGUAGGAGGCAAACUUCAGAUCAGCAACCAAGCAACAGUCACUUGUAUGCGUUACAACAUUCAUACAAACACAUUUGAAGAUAUCGCAAUUCUGAAUAAGAAGAGAUAUGGAGCUUCUUUAUGAGAGUUCAACGGAACUUACCUUUACGCCUUUGGUGGCCAUCGUCCGAGCAACAUUAAUUACUCAAAGACUUCCUUUGAGAGAAUAAAGUUCUCAGAGAUGAGGAGCUCCACAUAUUGGGAAGAUAUCGAGUUUGAUGUUGGAGUUCUAGAAGCUGAGAACUAUAUCUCCUGAGUUCCACUUAAUAGUACAGAGAUCAUGAUAUUUGGAGGCCAGAAAAACCACCUUAAGUAUGAUGAUGUCUACAUCUAUGAUGUAGACCUCAACAUUUUAAUUAAAGAUGAUGAUUGACCUCUUAAGCAAGCAGACUUUUUUGAGAUGAGAAAUGUCAUCUUUACAGAUACUAAGAAGAAAUUCAUAAUUGCUGGGGCUUACUAUAUCCAUGAGUUCGAUGGUACCUGUAGAAGGUGGAAGCUAUUAGGAAAAUCGAUUUCUCACAAGUAUAUGAGCCUACAUAAUCUGGAAACUGCCAAAAAUCGCCUGAAGUUCAAUUCUUUGAAACAAGAGAAAACGCUGAGACAAUAUCAGCCAAGGACUUUUUCAUUUGAGUCAGCGUUCUCUUAAUUCUACUAGUACUAGAAAGUAUUAGAGGCCUAAAAGAAUCUUAGGCCUAAUAGAUACUUUCUGAUCAAUAUUGUAAAGAAUUGGGCCUGAAAGAUCUUGAUUCUUUCCGAGGAACCAGGGUAAUUUAGUGAGAAAGAGUCCCAGGAUUAUUGUGUUUACACAAUAAAGCCCUUUGGUUGUCUGAAAAAUUCCAAAUGUUCAGAACAUAGCUCUAAUGGGCCUUCUCCUCCCUCCCUCUUACGCUCUCAUACCCUCAUCAGAUCUCAUAAAAUCCCUUUUCUACUAUUUUUCUAAAAUUCUUCAAUUCAUUC